AUGGAGACUGAAGACACUGAGGUUGAUGCUUCACCUUCCUGGGUUCCCAUUCCAAGAGGCAGACUAGAUGCGUGUGCCAACCUCUCUGACUAUGCUGGGGAUGAGGAUGAUUUUGAUGGCAUCAGUGAGCUAGGACAGGACUCUGAGGAGCCCUGCAAUAAAAGAGUUAAACCAGUGAGCAAAAGCCCUGGAUACACUGGGAUCAUAACACCAGUGAAAACUCCUGCCCUGAAACGCCUGGGACAGUCCAUAACGCGGUCAAUCAGUUUCAGGACAGAAGCUCGGCCAAUGCCCCCCAUGGCCAUCCGAUCUCGACAGAAAGCCUCGUCGUUUCCACGGCGACGAAACAGCCAGCUGUGGAGUGAAACAGUGGACACUUUGAGCCAGGAUCUAAGUGCCAAGGAAAUCAAGAGACAGGAGGUUAUAUAUGAACUAACACAGGGAGAGAAACAGCUGAUUGAGGACCUCAGUUUAGUCAAAAAGGUGUAUUAUGAGCCCAUGUUGAAAUUGGACAUCAUGACAGAGAGUGAACUGGGGCAGAUAUUUGGCACUCUGGACUCUUUAAUACCACUCCAUGAAGAUCUGUUGGCUCGGCUUGAGGGUUUGAGAGGAUCAGAGAAGACUGUGGGUGAGGUGGGGCCAACUUUACUGGAAUGGUUCCCAUGUCUGGAAGCUUAUAUCACAUACUGCUGUAACCAGGUGGGGGCUAAAGCCCUGCUGGACCAGAAGAAACAUGACCGUCGUGUGGAGCACUUCUUAAGGUUGUGCCAGGAAUCGUCAUUUAGCAGGAAGCUGGAUCUAUGGAACUUCCUGGACCUGCCGCGUAGCCGCCUGGUAAAGUACCCUCUGCUGCUGAAGGAGAUUCAGAAGAGCACACCAGUCAAUCACCCUGAUGAGGAAACACUGCCCCAGGCCAUGGAUAUUAUUCAAGCCAUCAUUUCCGAUGUAAACCAGAAAACAGGAGAAGCAGAGUGUCAGUUUUAUAGACGGGGCCUAUCUUACCCAGAAGACGGUCAAAGGGUUCCUGAGAUCCAGCUCUCUAGAUUCCUGUACUGCCAUGGAGAACUCAAGAACAACAAAGGACAGAAACUGCAUGUCUUUCUAUUUGAGUUGGUGUUGGUUCUGACACGACCAAUAGUGCAGGAAAAAGAAGGAGUGGUCCAGUUUCAGGUGUACCGUCAGCCCCUCCCUGCUGCUCACCUUCUGCUGGAGGACCUACCUGAUGGAGAGAGCGUGAGUUCUGGAUCCUUCCGUGGGGCUUUCACUGGAAAUGAUAAAGUGAAGAACUGUUUCCGUGUGAGCAGCAGGGGGCGCUCUAAGGCUCAGUCACACAGCUUGCAAGCUAAUGACACCUUCAACAAGCAGCAGUGGAUAUCCUGUCUACGUCAGGCCAUGGUCCAAUCCCGUGACAGACAAGCUCAAACUAGCCAGUCCAUGAACUCUGCCCAUAUGAGCCCUGACCCUGCCGUUUGUAAUAUUGCUGAACUGAGCCUUAACUCUGAUGCGGAUAUGUCAGACACAUAG